GCGGCCUCCAGCCGCGCUUUCCUCGGCGUGCGCGGCUCGGCCAAGCGUCACUUCGGCCUCCGCUCCAGCCUUUACGCCAGAAACCCGCGAGUUGGGGGUUCUGAAGUGACUAUCACCUCGGGCAGCGGCGGGGGCACCCGCAUGUUUCAGUCUUCACGUCCCCCUUCUCACGUUCACCCCGCACCCGCCGGUCCCAGCCGACCCCGCAAACCCGUCCUGCCACGGCGCCGGCGGGGCCCGCGUCUACGUGACGGCGGCGGCGAGGCGGGGGCAGGGGUCCCGGUCUCCGUCAGAGCGGCACCGCACCGAGUUGGCGACCCCAGCCGCCCCGAGCGCAGAGACGCGACACCCGCCGCGGAGCCCGAGCCACGGCGGGGGGGGGAGGGGGGGGCGGCGCAGCGGCGCGAGGACCCCGGCUCGGCGCCCGCUUACCUGCGGUGGCUCAGCUCCCAACCCGCAACGGCGCCCGCGGGCGGCCGACGGGAGGCGGUGGCUGGACGGCGACGAUGGAGUGUGGCUGGGUUGGGCUGGGACCCAGGAAACCGGCUUCCAGUCUCAGGAACCCCCUGUGGUUCUGCAGGAGGAACAAGGGCAACCACUUCCUCAUCUAAGUUCCUUCGGCCUCUUUCUCAUCAGCCAAGCUUUGCCCCAUCCUUAACCAAGGCCCUACGAAGACUAGAUAGUUUCACUGGCCUAAGCACACUAGGAAUUUUCCUCUUUUCUGUGCCUUUCACCUGGCUUCCAAGUGAAUAAAAAUUUAGAAAGACAAGAA